AUAAGGAACUGUGUGGCGCCAGCGAACUCGCGCUAAGGGGAGCGAUGGAAGGUUUAGGAAUGAUGAGUCGUCAUCAAUUUGAAGCUGCUCAAGGGAGGAUAUCAAUCCCGUUAGGGCGGCCGACAGGCGUGCCGCCGAUUGUGCAAUAUGGUCCAGCAGUGGCAGCUUCGUUUUCCGAUUUUACACUGCGAAAUCGGGCUCCGCUAUGGCGAAUUCCCACACCGCCAGGUUACCAUCGGCAACAUGUACCAGCUGUAGUCGUUGGACCUGGAAUUGUUCACAUUGGACCUGGAAUGGCUCAGGAGGAUCUGAUCGAGCUGGACAGGUUGCACAAGCGUGCCAAAGUGUACGACGAGCUGCCGGCGAUGAUGAAGUUGUCUGCGGAGUCGACUUUGGGAGCGAUGCCAGGGAGAACAAUCACUGUGAAGGAGAUCCAGGCCGAUAGAUUGACGGCGAUCGCGAUGGCCAAUUGGGCGGCGACGGCGACGAAGGGGGAAGGCACAGCGGCACCGCCCAAGAAGCUUUCGUUCAAUGCGGAUUUGGUGCGGAAGAUUUACCGUACGGAGCUGACAGGUCAGGGUGGCAGGUCAGUGCCCCUGCAGCGUGUGAUGCUGCUCGAGAUCAGCCAGUACCUCGAGAAGUACCUCUGGCCCAACUUCGAUCCAGAGACUGCCACGUAUGAAAACGUCAUGUCGAUCAUCUUGAUGGUUAACGAGAAGUUUCGAGAGAACGUUCCUGCGUGGCGGUGUUUUCACGAUCGCGAGGAGGCUUUUCGAGGGUUUUUCAGAAGGGUGCUCACUCUGAAGGACGGUAGAUCUCUCACCGUGCGUGAGAGAGUGAACUACCUGCUCUUCGUGAUCAACUCCUUCCAGAGCCUCGAAGACGAGAUGGUGAGGAAACAGGCGCUUAGGGUUGUCUCGUGGCAGCUAUGGCAUUCGCUCUCGCCGGGGAGGCUUCAGAUCGAGUUGAAAUCCCAUCCUCAGUUGAUUGACAAGUGGGCGAAGAUGCUGAAGAAAGAGAGUCGUGCAGCAUCUACCAGCAGUGGUGGUGGAUCGAGAUCGCGUCCUCCGUUGAAGGACAGAAUCGAGGUCAAAUUCAUUCCGUCCCUAAUUUCAGAGUUCCUCGAGAUACUAAGCCAGGUCAUCAUUGCGAGACCAAAGAAAGAUCAUGGCGACGGCGAUGAUCGUUCACUGGCGGCGGCGGUGGCCGCGGAGGAUAUGGAGAUGGAUGCACAGGAUGGGGAAGCAGAGGGGAAAUCGAAGGGUGCAGAUAAAGGAGAGUCUACUCACCCAGCAGCAACAGCAACAGCAACAGCAGCAGGAGGAAGGGGAGAAGCAGAACUGGACCAUGCAGCAUUACUAUACUGUGAGCGCUUCGUGGAGUUGAUGAUUGAUUUGCUAAGUCAGUUGCCUACUCGAAGGUUUGUGAGGACUGUUGUGGGCGAUGUGGCGCUUGUCGUCAAGUGCAGGAUGAGCGCGCUCUAUUCCCAUCCUAAAGGGCGGCUCUUCAGCCAGCUGGUGGACCUGUUUCGCUUCUAUCAGGGUUUCGAGAUCGAUGAUCACACAGGAGAGCAAUUAUCGGACGACAAGAUCGCUGAGAUGCACUGUUCGAGGCUGCAGGCUCUUCAGCGACUGGCGUUCAAGCAGUGGCCUCAGCUUCGGGAGUUGGCGCUAAGUAAUGUGGGUGCCAUUGAAGAGUACAAGGACCUGAAGAUGCAUCUGUUGAAGUUGAGUCGGGAUGAACUCCACACGCUUGUCACGAAACAGCUGCACCUGGUCGCUCCAGACGAUCCUUGGGCAGAUCGACAUGACUUCCUCCUCGAGGUGAUCCUCUCCUCUUACCAGAAGAGAUCGUCUCAGCGAGAGGCCAUCAAUGAGCUGCCACUUUAUCCAAAUGAGGAUGUGCUAUGGGAUGAAAACUUGGUCCCCAGCAUUAACUAUACAGGCGAGGGGGCGCUGGCGCUUCCCAAGUUGAAUCUCCAGUUUCUGACCUUCCACGACUAUCUUCUUCGCAACUUCAAUCUGUUCCGAUUAGAGUCUACCUACGAGAUCAGGGAGGAUAUCCACGAUGUUGCCAAGAGGAUGUGUGGGGUGACGAGUACGGAGGGGUGUGUAACUUUUCGGGGUUGGGCACGCAUGGCAGUGCAAAUUCAAGGGUUCAAAAUCACCCAGGUAAAGGCCCCACUGAUCGGAGAGAUGAAGCCGGCUGUAGUUCUCGCUGAAGUGGUGUUUAGCAUUGGCUCCUUCAAACAGGACAUACGGGCGGAAUGGAACGACUUGAAGGAACACGACGUGCUCUUCUUGCUGACCAUCCGACCACCUCCUCUCUCUCCCGACUGUUUGUCUGCCGUUGGGAAGGAUGUAUCUGUGCCCGAAAAGUACGGGAUUGUUUAUGUCAGAGGUUGCGAGGUCCUCGAGAUCCGAGAUGAAGGGCUGUUGCUGAUGAAUGACUUCAGUGGCAAGACGAAGAGGGAGGACUGGAAGCCACCCGCAGGGGAUCAGCGGACACUGCUUGUUGCCCUGGAUGCUGCACAGUACCAGAUGGACAUGGUGGCUAUGGCGGCUCAUGGUGCCGAAGAUUUGUAUGGUACGUUCAACGUCCUGAUGCGGAGAAAGCCUAAGGAGAACAACUUCAAGGCCAUUCUGGAGUCAAUCCGUGACUUGAUGAACGAGGACACGGUGGUGCCUAAAUGGCUGCACGACAUCUUUCUCGGCUAUGGAGACCCGGCUGCAGCUCAGUACCACAACAUGCCUGACCAGCUGGAAGAGAUAGACUUCAAGGACACAUUCCUCAGUGCCUCCCACCUCCGGGAGUGCUUCCCUGAUCACGACGUUCAGUUUGUCACGGCGGAUGGCUAUGCGAUUACAGACAAUUCAACAGCGGAGGUGGAGCCAUACCCCCCUUUCCGUGUGAAAUUCCUCCUUUCUGACAUGGAGACAACCUCAAAUAAGGCGGUGGCGGCAGCAAGAGGAGGGUUAAGUGGCCACUGCCGAUUGCGUGCAGACGUAGCAGGAGGCGAUGAUCCGAUUGUGAUGGAUGGGGAGGGGAAGAAGAAGAAGAAGGAGAAGAAGCCAGUUCUGCUUGCAGAAGCGUAUGUGCCACCUGAUCCGGGCCCUUAUCCACAGGAUAAACCAAAGAUGAAUGCAGUACGAUUUACGCCUGUGCAGGUGGAGGCAAUCAAGUCAGGGGUGCAGCCUGGGUUGACGAUGGUGGUGGGCCCACCGGGAACUGGCAAAACUGAUGUUGCAGUUCAGAUUCUCAAUGUGUUGUAUCACAACUGCCCUGGACAACGAACCCUUCUUAUCACCCAUUCCAAUCAGGCGCUCAAUGAUCUGUUCGAGAAGAUCAUGCACCGAGAUGUUCCAGCAAGGUACCUGCUUCGUCUGGGAAUGGGUGAGCAAGAGCUGGACACCGAGCAGGUGUUCAGCAAACAGGGAAGAGUCAAUGCGAUGCUUGCUCGUCGUUUGGAACUGCUUGCGGAAGUAGAGAGGCUGGCAAGAACGCUAAAUGUUCCAGAAGAUGCAGGGUACACUUGUGAAACAGCAGCCCAUUUCUGGCUCCUGCAUGUGCUUUCCCGCUGGGAGAAGUUUGUUGCUGUGUGCGAGGAAUCUCAGACACCUGGUGUUGUGAAAGAGCACUUUCCGUUCAAGGAGUACUUUGCAGAUAUGAUCGUGGGGAAGGCUGGGACUGAUGCAGAGACGGCGAGCGGUCUCUUCAGUGGUCUGUCCUAUGUGCAGGACAUGCGUGCGGCUACCGGAUGUUUCCGGCAUUUGAAAACGAUGUUCCAGGAACUGGAAGAAUGUCGGGCUUUCGAGUUGCUGAAGACGACGAACGACCGAGCCAAUUACCUCAUGACGAAGCAAGCGAAGAUCGUUGCGAUGACCUGCACACAUGCUGCCCUCAAACGCUCCAAUUUCCUCCAGCUGGGCUUUAAGUAUGACAAUCUCCUGAUGGAGGAGAGUGCUCAGAUUCUUGAGAUCGAAACGUUCAUCCCCAUGCUAUUGCAGCGCCAGGAGGAUGGAAUCGCUCGCCUCAAGCGUUGCAUACUGAUUGGCGACCAUCAUCAGCUACCUCCUGUAGUGAAGAACAUGGCGUUCCAGAAGUACAGUCACCUGGAUCAAAGUCUGUUCACACGCUUCGUCCGUCUGGGCACUCCGUAUAUUCAGCUGAAUGCACAAGGCCGGGCGCGACCGUCGCUCGCUCGUCUGUACAGUUGGCGAUAUCAGGAACUGGGCAACCUGCCUAACGUCUUCUUGGGGCAUGAGUUUCAGGCAGCUAAUGCGGGCUUUGGCUUCGAGUACCAGCUCAUUGAUGUGCCUGAUUACGAGGGCGUCGGGGAGUUCGAGCCCAACCCAUGGUUUUAUCAGAACCUUGGGGAGGCAGAAUACCUUGUCAGCGUGUUCCAGUACAUGAGACUGCUCGGGUACCCGGCUCAUAAGAUCUCCAUCUUAUCCACCUACAACGGGCAGAAGCACUUGAUACGUGACGUCAUUGAACGGCGCUGUGCUCAUCACCCACUCUUUGGGCGGCCUAGCAAGGUCACCACUGUGGACAGGUUUCAAGGACAGCAAAAUGACUACAUUCUCCUGUCGCUUGUGCGAACAAGGGUGGUAGGUCACCUGAGGGAUGUUCGGCGAUUGGUGGUGGCAAUGUCUCGUGCGCGACUUGGAUUAUACGUGUUCUGCCGACGAAGUCUCUUUGAGCAGUGCUAUGAGCUGCUGCCCACCUUUAAGCAGCUAGUUGCCCGGCCCGACAAACUUGUGCUGGUCGUUGACGAAAAGCAGUUCCCAACUGAGAGACAAGUCACGACUCAGCUACCCCCACAAAGGCUGCAUUUUGUAUGUGGCCUGGAGGAGAUGGCUGCAAUUGUGGCCAGCAGAUAUGAAGAUUGGCUGAGGACACAGGAGGUGGAAUUUGUGCACCGGCAGCGGACAGCAAUUUGUGAACAUCAGAAACAAAUGCAAGAGUACCACCAGCAGCAGCAGCUGGAGCAGCAACUGCAACAGGAGCAACAACAAGAACAACAACCAGAACCACAACAGCAACAGCUAAAAGAACAGCAGACACAGCAGCGGCAGGAGGAGGAGGAGGAUGGGGACAAGCAGCAGCAGCAGCACCGGCAGGAGGAGGAGAUCCAGAAAGGGAAGAACCAGGAGGAGGACAUCCAGAAGCAGCAGCAGCAGCAGGAACAGCUGGAGCCGCAGCAACAGGUGGAUUGUAAGCAUGUGCAGCAGACGGCAAUUUGGAAACAUCGGAAACAAAUCCAAGGGCAGCAGCAACAAUGGCAGCGGGAGCAGGAGCUGCAACAUAAAAAAAACAACAAGAACAGCCCCAGUAACAACACAGUAACAGCAGCUGCGGCAGCAGCGGCUGUGGCAGGACCACAAAGAGGUGGAGGACGUACCCAAGCAGCAGCAGCAGCAGGAGGAGGAGGAGGAGACCAGCAGCUGCAGGAGCAGCAGGAGGAGAUCCGGUAUCAGCAGCAGCAGCGGGAAGGGAGGAGCAGCAGGAGCAGCUUCAGGAAUGACAGAUCAGCGCAAAGGAUGUCGAAAUGCGAACUGCUGAGGUAGCAGUACCUCAGCCUCUCCCUGAUGACGGAGUUUUGCCCCGCAGUCUGCCACUCCUAUUCUCCGAUGUAAAUGUGAACUGAGUAAGCUGACCUAGUCGAUAGGAAAACUCCCAAGUUCUAACUGCACAGACUAAGUGAUGAUCUGCCAAAGCUCCAGGGGAGAAGCAAAGGAGAUCAUACAAAUGUGGAGGUCACACCCGAGAGCAUCAGGGACAAGUGUCUGCUGUCUUCCCCCGAAUAGAACACCCGGUCAGUACCCCCGUAUCUAGAAUGAAUGUUGGCCCAAAUACGGCUGCAAUUACUGUACGUUCUGUAGGGGUGAAGAUGUUAGUGUCCAAACACUGGAAUGGAUUCUGAAACGUAGGUUAAUGAGGGAAAUGGAACGAGAGGGAGAAGGCUAGGAUUGGUGAUUCGAAAGUCCUGAGAAGGAACAAGGGGUAGAAAGAGGCACAUGUAGUGCUAGAUUGAGUGGGAACUGUAGACUAUGCAUCAUGAUAACGAUAGGGGGUAGAGAGUAAGGAGAAAGAGUUGAUUCGGAGGGGGCUAACGAGGGAACGGAAAGAGAUGGAGAAGGCCGGGAUGGGUCAUUUGGCAACCCUCUUGGAGGAACAGAGGGAAGGAGGAGGUGCAAGUACCGUUAGGUCGAGUUGAAACAGUGGACUGCACACUAGAACGGAGGAGAACCAGAGCCAAUUCUUGUGCUUAAUGUCUGUUCUGGCAGCCUAGGACUGGUAGUUGGGCUGAGAGGAGUUGAUUCUGUUUGUUCGUAUAUACGGAUAUGUCUGUCGCUUGAGCUCUUCUGGAUGGGUGUAUCUGGCAGUCAAAUCUGUUGUAGAGAGAGCAAUCAAUGCUGUGGGUGGUUCCUCUGGCUGUAAUGAGGGGAAGCAUAAGAGUGGAUUCCUUGUAUUCCGGCUUGUCUGUGGACAAGGAACUGGACUGAUGCUCCCCAGAAUAGAAUGGAGCCGUACGAUCACAGGAUCUCUCUCUCUCUCUCUCUCUCUCUCUCUCUCUUUUGUUUUGUUUUUCUUGUUUUCUUAAGUACACCCGGAAAGCUUUGUUCUGUUUAACCCUUCCCGCCAUUCUGUGUCAAUGUAGCCUCUGGCCACACUAAAGUUGGCAUUUUUUCCUUUUCUUUUUGGAAAUUCCAGUGCCGGUCCGCACCCCCGGGCACUUUGGGUUUCAAAUGCCUCGUACAUAUUUACUUCCAAGCGAUAGAGUUUCUGAACUUCCUGGAGCCUUUGCCCAACACAGGCUGACCAAUCGAGUGGAGUUUUGAAAGAUAGAUAAUGCGCAGCAGAGGAUGGUGGGAUUGUCUAUCUGAUGGGCUUUCGGGAUGUAUUUGGCUGUUCCGCUUGUGAGAAUGCAUUUGUGUCAGGAGGCAUGUAUUUACGGGAGAAGAUGGGUAAGGACGAUGAAGGUAUGCCAUUGGGCUUGAUCUGUGGUAAGUAGGCAUUGGUGGAUGGCUCGCUGUUCAUUUUUUGGUCGGAAUGCCGGAGCGAA